AUGGAUUCGAGAACUGUGGGCAUUUUGGGCGGUGGCCAAUUGGGUCGUAUGAUCGUCGAAGCUGCUAGUAGACUAAAUGUGAAAACAGUGAUUUUGGAUGCUCCAAACUCGCCUGCAAAGCAGAUUAACGCUUUAACAGAACAUGUUGAUGGAUCUUUUGCAAACCCUGAGGAUAUCGAAAAAAUCGCCGCUAAAUGCGACGUUUUGACUGUGGAAAUCGAACAUGUCGACGUGCCAACGCUACAAAAGCUUCAAAAAAACUACCCCAAGUUGGAAAUCUAUCCAGCUCCAGAGACAAUUCUUCUGAUCCAGGACAAGUACCUGCAAAAGGAGCACUUGAUUAAGAAUGAAAUCGCUGUUGCCGAAAGUGUCGCUAUCCCAAAUCCAUCCGAAGAGUCCCUGACCGAGGUCGGGUCAAAAUUUGGAUACCCUUACAUGCUUAAGUCGAGAACCUUGGCCUACGACGGUCGUGGAAAUUUCGUCGUCAAAUCAAAAGACGCUAUUCCUGAGGCUCUAGAAACCCUCAAAAACAGACCUUUGUAUGCCGAAAAAUGGGCACCUUUCGCAAAAGAGCUGGCUGUUAUGAUUGUUCGCUCGACCAGUGGCAGGGUCUAUUCAUACCCAACGGUAGAAACAAUCCAUCAGGAAAACAUUUGCCACCUAUGUUACGCGCCUGCCAGAGUUCCAGACUCAGUUCAGCUAAAAGCGAAGCUGCUGGCCGAAAACGCUAUCAAAUCUUUCCCUGGCUGUGGUAUCUUUGGCGUAGAAAUGUUCUACCUCGAGAACGGCGAAUUGUUGAUCAAUGAAAUUGCCCCCAGACCUCACAAUUCAGGUCACUUUACCAUCGACGCGUGCGUCACAUCCCAGUUUGAGGCACACGUUAGAGCUAUCUUGGGCCUACCGCUACCUACCAACUUUUCCUCUCUUUCUACCUCUAACACCAAUGCCAUAAUGCUAAACGUCCUAGGCGACAAAACAGCCAAAGAUAAAGAGUUAGAAACCUGUGAACGUGCCCUUCAGACUCCAGGCGCUUCCGUGUACUUGUACGGUAAAGAAUCAAGACCCCAGAGAAAAAUGGGACACAUCAACGUCAUUGGCUCGUCGAUGCAGCAGUGCGAACAGAAACUACGCUAUAUUACAGGCGAAACGAACAAAGGAUCGGGUGUCAGUGCCGUAGAAAACCUAGAAUCUAACAUCCCAGGAUUGUCCAAGAAACCCGAAGUAGGCAUCAUUAUGGGAUCAGAUUCGGAUUUGCCAGUUAUGAGCGCUGCCUGUAGCAUACUGAGCCACUUUGAAGUUCCUUACGAGGUAACUAUAGUCUCGGCACACAGAACCCCUCACAGAAUGAGUAGAUACGCUAUCGAGGCUUCGAAGCGUGGCCUCAAAGCUAUCAUUGCCGGAGCUGGUGGUGCUGCACACUUGCCUGGUAUGAUAGCAGCUAUGACUCCACUACCCGUGAUUGGUGUCCCAGUCAAGGGCUCCACUUUAGAUGGUGUGGACUCUCUGCAUUCCAUCGUUCAAAUGCCAAGAGGCAUCCCGGUUGCCACUGUAGCAAUCAAUAACAGUACAAAUGCGGCACUUUUGGCAAUCAGAAUCUUGGGCGCCUUCACCCCUGCGUACCACGAAAAGAUGCAAGAGUUUUUGUUGAAACAGGAAGAAGAGGUUCUGGUUAAGGCGGCGAAGCUCGAAACUGUUGGCUACGAGCGCUACUUGGAUGGCAAAUCAAGUAGUUUUUUUUAA